AGAGUUGAGUUGAGAGUUCUGGGUGAUCAACGUUUGCUGUAUUAUUCUCAGGCGCCAGGGGGCGCAUUGCAAUCUUCCCAAACUGUUGUAGUCGGGUCAGUCAUCAUGAAUUAGUUAAACAGUAAUCCUAUUAUCCCUUCAAGCCAUUUAUCAAUCCAGUGUUACUGGCUUUAAAAUCACAUGUUGGAAAGGCAGUCUUGUGUGGAGGCGAAAACUGGAUAGGAUUUGACCUUCUAAGGGUAACUGGUAAAAACAUGAAUUUUAUUACAGACGAGCAGGUUCAGAAGUUCCGAGAGGAUGGCUACCUGGUUUUAGAGGGGUUUCUCAGCCCAGAGGAGUGCGAUGCGCUGCGAAAGAGGAUGGCGGAGAUUGUGGACAGCAUGGAUGUGCCCCCGCACUGCAGAGUCCAGUUCUCCACUGACCACGACGAGCAGUUGAAAUCGCAGAUGCAGGGGAAUGCUGAGUAUUUCUUGACAAGUGGAGACAAGAUCCAUUUCUUCUUUGAGACAGGGGUUUUUAACUCAAAAGGAGACUUCAUUGUGCCAAAGCAGCAUUCUCUGAAUAAAAUUGGACAUGCACUACAUGCUUAUGAGCCACUUUAUAAAAAUGUCACAUAUUCUCCAAUGGUUCAGAAUUUGGCCAAGAAGCUUGACUUGAAAUGUCCAGUAGUCCUGCAAAGCAUGUAUAUUUUUAAGCAACCUGGGAUUGGUGGCGAAGUGAUGCCACACCAGGAUGCCACCUUCCUGCACACAGAGCCCCUAGGCAGAGUGAUAGGCCUCUGGAUCCCUCUUGAAGACGCUACGCCGGAGAAUGGCUGUCUGUGGUUCAUUCCUGGUUCUCACAGAAACGGGAUCACAAGACGAAUGGUCCGCACUCCGAAGGGCACCUUCCCUUUAACAGAUUUCAUUGGCAGAGAGAGAACCUACGACGAGGACCAGUUUGUCCCCGCUCCAGUGAAGAAAGGUGGGCUGGUCCUUAUCCAUGGGGAGGUGGUGCACCGCAGCGCACAGAACACGUCGGACCGGUCUCGCCACGUCUACGCCUUUCACAUCAUGGAGUCCGAGGGCACGAGCUGGAAUCCCGAGAACUGGUUACAGCCUACACCAGAGCUACCCUUCCCAUCACUGUAUACACAGAGCUGUGUUCCCUGAAGACUGACAUGCUCAUCCUAACUUGGAAAGUUUUGAGACCCUUGAUGACCCCGGUCUUUCAGUGAAGUUUAUACUGUAAGCAAUUUCAGCUGCACCUACAGUACCAUAAUUCAGAAACAUAGUAUGUGGAUCUGUGCCUCAACGUGACUUUGCUUUCCAAGUAAACUCAGUGGUAGUAAGAUUAAAAUUAAGAUGUUUAUGUAACAUCAACAGGCUGUUGGAUUGAAGUAAAGACCAAACAGUUAUGUCUUCACAGAUAUAAUACAAGAGCCAGCAAUGAAAUCAAAGUUUCUUUCUUUCUUGACAAUCUGUUUUUUUGUAAUUCUAGUAAUUCCUGCCAACAAGUGUUUUCCUAUGGCUGUAACCGUGAAAUGUGCAAUACCAUUUACUGAGUAGUCAUCAAAGUGUUAAUAAAAAAACAAAUAUUGGUGAAUUUCA